AGAUGUCGGGGUUUGACAACUUCAACACAGACUUUUACCAGUCAAGCUACAGCGUAGAUGACCAAAAUCAGGCUGGCUACGGCAACACAGAAAAUCAAUAUAAUAAGCAAUACAGUCAGUACGACUACUCCCAGCCUAUGGGGUACCCAUCUCCAGGGAUGAUGCAGCCUCAACAGCCAUACACAGGACAGAUCUUUCAACCCACACAGACCUAUACUCCGUCCCCAUCACAGUCUAUGUAUGGCAGUAGCUUCGAUGAUGAGCCACCGCUGCUAGAAGAAUUAGGGAUCAACUUUGAUCACAUUUGGCAGAAAACUCUGACAGUGCUCCACCCAAUGAAAGUAGCAGACGGCAGCAUCAUGAAUGAAACAGAUCUGGCUGGACCAAUGGUCUUCUGUUUGGCCUUUGGAGCUACGCUUCUUCUGUCAGGUAAGAUCCAGUUUGGCUAUGUCUACGGCAUCAGUGCAAUCGGCUGCCUGGGCAUGUACUGUCUACUUAACCUAAUGAGUAUGACGGGCGUCUCCUUCGGCUGCGUGGCAAGUGUCCUGGGUUACUGCCUCCUCCCCAUGAUCCUCCUCUCCAGCUUUGGAGUCAUCUUCUCUUUACAGGGCAUGAUGGGAGUCAUACUAACAGCAGCAAUCAUUGGCUGGUGCAGCUUCUCAGCCUCAAAGAUCUUCAUCUCGGCUCUGGCCAUGGACGGGCAGCAGCUGCUGGUGGCCUAUCCAUGUGCUUUGUUAUAUGGCGUCUUUGCUCUCAUUUCAGUCUUCUAAAAAUAAAACAGCAGCUUAAAAAUAACUGCGCUCCAGACUCUGUAACAUCACUCCAAUUAGCAUCACUAGCAUCAUAAUUAUCAUAAUUAAUGGCUAGUUGCAGUGCUGUUACAGAAAACUGAGAGCUGCAGUCAAAAAUGAUACCAUGGGUUUAUUUUCUUUUAUAAGCCACCGCUACUCUCUAGGUUCCAACUUGACUGUCUGCAGGAUGGAGGGCUGGAGGGUAAGAGUGUCCUUACUUUCCAGCUAACUCCUGUCAUGCAUACAAAAGGGGAAGGCUGUUGCUCUCCUGCGGACAAUUUUGGACUUGAAACAGCCUGAUACAGUUCAAUGAUUUUAAAGGACAUAUUGCAAAAGGAAGUACUUCUCACACAUCACAAUCCUACAGAAGAUUUAUUCAAUUUGGGCACGCGGAAGCCAGUGAAAAUAACGCGUGUCCUGUUGUUUGCUUGGCCUUUGUGAACAAUCUCUGUCCAAUCACCAACUACGAGACAAAGGGAAGGACCCACUCUCGUUCUGCACAAAACUGCAGCGUCUCACUCCACUACAAAAGGCUGGAGUUUUUGUUGAGGAUCUGAUCUUCGAUAUGACAACCUGCUGCUUUGCUUCAUCCUCUUAUGAGUAGUUUUAUUAAAAAUGUUAUGAAAUUCAUUCAAGAUCAUCAUAUAAGAGACACCAUUACUGUUUUGGCACAGGCAUACAAUUCGCAUCUCUUACAUUUCUUAAAACAUUAUUUUAUUGUCCCCUCUCAGUGUAUGCUUUGAUGUCUCGUCUGUUCCAUGUCUUCUGUCUUCUUCAAUGUACAUUAAAAUUGUCUUUAAAGGUU